AUGGCCUUCAAGAUGUCACUUUCUUGGAUCCUAGUUUUCAUCAUCGGCAGUCUGGUCGUGAACCAAGCGAAAAGUAAACUUCUCAUCGAGCAGAUGACAGAGGCGAAUACUGCGAUGGACAUGUGCAUUUUGAAUUCUGAAUCACCAGCUUUGGUGAGGGCCGAGCCCCUUAAACUUGCUCCUAAUGGCCUCAAUUAUUACUGGACACUCAAGAAUCUCACCAAGAAACCGCUUCGUUGUGUUAUCAGAGUAGGCGGGUCCCAAUUUACGGACCGCAUCAUCAAACCCGGUCCAGAUCCUACAUUUUUUGAGAUACUCCAAAAUGUGCAAAUUUUUGUAGAUGUUCAUUCGGUUGAUGAGUAG